GGCGCGCUCACGAGUGUACCUGCGCGGGUAUCAGCGCCACAAGCGCCUCCGCGCUCUCUUUGUAUUCCGGGGUUCCGCGGCGGGUGUGUUCCCUAGUGUUGGUUUCUUCUCUGUGUGAGUGUAAGUGUGGCCCGAUUAGGGAGAGGGUGGCUGCGCUGGGCAGGACGUGAAGUUAACUCGCCACAGACCUGCAUGUCUUCAGCAGUACUUCUCGAGGUCUUCACCUCUACACUUCACAAUAUCACUCUGUAAAAAUGUGUCCAGUACUCGCACGAACGGAUUAUAAUUUAGUUCAGUUUAUAAUUCAUGUGUAGUGGAUAGUGUUUUAUAUUUAUAAUCAAGUGGAAUUUGUUUUACGAAAAAGAAAAAACGAAAAAUUGUGUUUUGUGCCAUUGGAUUACUAUUAUUAAAUUGCCAUUUAAUUUAACGGAUUAACGGAUUAAAGGAUUAAAAAUCAACAAAUUAAACAAAUUCAGAAUGCACACACCAGAGGGCACCCUAGAAAGAGGUCACCAUGCGCCCUCUGCAGCAUCCAAUGGCGGACAGAACAUAACCAGCAUGCCCGUUGUCCCCGUUCUGCCUCCUAAUGCUCUCAACCUGCCGCCUUUCACCGCCCCAACAAAAGAUUCGCCCGGCGACGUGGUCAUUGACUGCGAACAUGUGCUCUCCGAUCCAGAAAAAUUCACAAACAGCAUGCUGUGUAUCCAAGACGAAUUGGGUCAGUUGAAUAUCCACCAGGGCAGCAAUGAUCCUGGCGUCGUGGUGCAAGCGGCCGAGUCGAACAAGUCCUCACCGGACACGCCACACAUCCUUAAACCAACAUGGAUGGAUGGUUUUCUUGGUUGCCUACGGCCGGUUUUCUCUAUUAUUGGUAAAGCGGGAGCCAAUGAAAUACGUGACAAUCAAGAUGAUUGGGAAAUUCCUUUUGAACAAAUAACGAAUCUGGAUUUGGUCGGCUGCGGUGGACAGGGUAUUGUUUUCUACGGCAAGUACAAAAACGAAGAUGUGGCCGUGAAGAAGGUGCAGGAACUGAAGGAGACCGACAUUCGCAAUCUGCGAAAACUGAAUCAUCCGAAUAUUGUGAAGUUUAAAGGUGUUUGCACUCAGCCGCCAUGUUAUUGCAUUGUGAUGGAAUUUUGCGCGGACGGUACCCUGUACGACGUGCUUAAGAAACAGGACAAUAGUGUUACGCCCACUAAGGUCGUAUCCUGGUCCAAACAGAUCGCCAGUGGCAUGCAUUAUUUACAUUCGCACAAGAUAAUUCAUCGGGAUUUGAAGAGUCCAAAUGUUUUAAUAGGCCAACACAACGUAGUGAAAAUCAGUGACUUUGGCACUUCUCGUACCUGGAAUGGCAUGGUCAGUACCAAAAUGUCCUUUGCCGGGACAGUGGCCUGGAUGUCCCCUGAAGCCAUCCAAGAGUCAGCUUGUUCCGAAAAAGUCGACAUUUGGUCAUUCGGCGUGGUGUUAUGGGAGUUAUUGACCUGCGAGAUUCCCUAUAAGGAUAUGGAACAAAGCGCCAUUAUGUACAUGGUCGGUUGUGGUAAACUGCAUCCCCCAAUUCCCAAAACCUGCCCGGAAGGCUUCAAAUUAAUCAUGCAAAUGUGUUGGAAAUUCAAUCCAAAAGACCGUCCCUCUUUUAAAUUGAUCUGCAACCAUCUUGAGAUUGCUGGUGUUGAAUACAUGAGCGCCUACGAGGAACAAAGCUUCUUCGAACGCCAAGAGAAGUGGAAGACUGAGAUUGCCUCGCAGAUCACACAGUUUAAAACACAAUUGAAGAAGCGAAAGAUGAAAUUUGAGUUGCAAGAGGAGCAAUUGAUCGAAAAACGCGAGAAUGAACUCAAACACAUUCGAGAUAUAAAGAUUUUAUACGAUAGGAAACUUGAAAGGGUUAAUCAGUUGUACUAUGAGUUGUCUGUAGUGUUAUUGCAACUGGAUCAGCAGAAACAAGAAGGAAGAAAGCGUGAAAUGCAAGGAAAACGGAAGUUAAUUCAACCGUUUAUGAAAAAAUUGGAAAAAAGAAGGACGAGUCAGAAUAGCACCACGCCGACGAGUCCCGAAUGUAGUUUGACGAGUCCUGAAAGUCCCAAAAUUAUGGCUGCUAAACCAUUAUACACUCAACUAAACGCAACCAACCAACCCGAAUCUACGACACUGCUGCACUCUCAAGGUUCCAAAACCCGCAAACGCCAUCACAGGACGAAUUCAGGAUCACCCAGGAAUUCGCGUACAAGUAGCAAUCGUACUUCGAUUCUAGUAGACACCGAAACGCAGACUGAUUAUAUGGAUAUUAGCGAACCUGAUUUGAGCCCGAAUUGUAUAAAACCUAAACCAUCAGCGACGCCACAACGUGUCAUUCUGAAAGAGUUCCCGGAUGCUGACCUCGAAGGCAAUAAUGGCAACUGUGUGCAACUACAUUACUUGUCACAGUCUAUGCAACCAGAAGUCGAAUUAUACACAUUACAACGUCUUGGUCAUCGAAGUACAACCCCCGAUGAUCGCUUAGAUGAAUCUGACAAUGUGAACAGUAAUUCCCAGACGCGUGACUACAGCGAUGAAGAUACACUGGAGACAAUCGGCCGGAAGGUGUCUGAGGUUUCCGAGAUUAUCAGCGCGAACAAUGGCAACAUGUUCACGGAUCGCCUAGCGGAAAACGGAAACGUCUCCGAGGAUAUUGAAGAAGUUCUUCGAAAGCGGCGAUGUUCGGAUACAAGGCAUACAACGUUGGAUAGCGGUGAAGAAGACGUGGCGAAUGACAGCUGCACGGACGAGGAGGGGGAAAUUGGCCGGAAGUACUCAUUACGAAGAAUAGGUAAGCUUGGAUUAAUUGAUAAAGAAAUAGCUUCAUUAAAAAGUUUUGCCCGUCGUCCGAUCUACCCAGGCCGAAGAUCUUCACGUUACAAGAUGUAUCAACGUGAUGUAGUAGCUUCGGAUGAAGGAAACACCUCGGAGUACUCAAAUCCGCCAUCCAGUAAGAGUUCCACGUUGGAAUCCAACGCUGGAAGGACAAGUGUGGCCGCCGGAAGCACCUCCAUUAAACGUACACAAUCCGACGCGCUUUCCGACAGUGAAUCCGACGAUUUUGAUCUGAGAAUGCAGAAUUAACGAAAAAAAAUAAUGACAAACUAAGUAAUCAUUCAAAGAUAACUACUAAACUGAGUGUAUAUAGCUAGGAAUUUAGUGUUAAUCGAUAUUUUUUAAUGCUUUAACUGAUAAUUACGUGGCGUCCAUUUUUACAUCUUAUUUAUAUUUAUCCGACUUCAUUCCGCGUAUUAUUUAAAUUAAGUUUUAAGAAUUAAUAUACAGAGGCAUUCACGAUCAAAAGCGAUACGGAUCCACAAAGCAAUAAACAAUGACUGCGUUUGAAUAUUUAAACAGUUUCUCAUCCGGUUUCUCUCAAAUUGUUGCGUCUUUAUUUGUUUAAUGUAAAGAUAAACGUUUUUGGCGACAGAUUAACGCCGCCGAUUAAUGAAUGUUAGUGGCAGCUCGCUUUUUCUCGCCAACAGUUCAUGGAGAUGUGAUAAUAAGUCUAAGAUUAUUAUUUUUAUAGUGCCUUUAAUUUUUAAUACUCAGUUGAUCGGUCAUUUCACUGAACUGUUGGCGUUCUCCGCGUUUUUUCUCAACUUUGAGAAUCGCUACUUAAUUCGAACAUACGAUUUGUGCACGUGACGUGUGUGGUGCAAAGAAUGUUUUGCAUUUUUGUGAGGAUGAGGAGGAAAGAUACUUAAAACAUGUUUGAACGUAAAGUAUUUUGUCUUUUGUAAAUUGUUUAUGUACUUUAUUGUAAAGACGAGUGGAAUGAAGAGACUAAAAUUGGUAACAGCAUAGAUGUUAUGCAAUAAUUAAUAAAACAUCAUAGUACAAUUUAA